AUGCCGCCGCCCAUGUCCGGUCUGCCCUCAAGGCCCAUGGAUGAUAUCGACUCAACAUGGGCUUACUUGCAACAGGGCAUCACCCGGAUUAUGAUGAACCUGCAAGAGGGUCUCGAUCUCCAAACCUACAUGGGUAUUUACACGGCCGUCCACAACUUCUGUACAUCCCAAAAAGCGGCAGGCUUCACGCUCACCACAGCCGCUGUGGGCGCUGCUCAGCGUGGCGCCCACCUGGUCGGUGAGGACCUGUACAGGAAGCUCUCCGACUACCUGACCGAGCAUCUCACGGCUCUGGUCCAACAAUCCAAGACUCACACCGACGAGGCUCUGCUGCAGUUCUAUAUCAGGGAAUGGCAGCGCUACACCGAUGCCGCCAAGUACAUCCACCACUUGUUCCGCUAUCUCAACCGCCACUGGGUCAAGCGUGAGAUGGACGAGGGCAAGAAGAACGUCUACGAUGUCUACACCCUGCACCUGGUCCGCUGGCGCGACGUUCUCUUUGCGCAAGUGUCGGAGAAGGUUAUGGACGCCGUCCUGAAGCUGGUCGAACGGCAACGCCUGGGCGAAACCAUCGAGCACAGCCAGAUCAAGGCUGUCGUGGACUCCUUCGUCUCUCUCGGUCUGGACGAGGGCGACUCCUCCAAGACCACCCUCGAGGUGUACCGCUACCACUUUGAGCGUCCCUUCCUCGAAGCCACUCGGCAGUUCUAUCAGAAGGAGAGCAAGCAGUUUGUGGCUGAGAACAGCGUGGUCGAAUACAUGAAGAAGGCCGAGGCUCGGCUACGGGAGGAGGAGGAACGCGUCAAGCUGUACUUGCAUCCGGACAUAGCAAUUCCGCUCAAGAAGGCUUGUAACGAGGUCCUCAUUGCCGACCAUCAAAACCUUCUUCGCGAGGAGUUCCAGGUCCUCCUCGACAACGACAGGGAAGAGGACAUGGCCCGCAUGUACAACCUCCUCUCGCGCAUCUCGGACGGUCUGGAUCCGUUGCGCGCCAAGUUCGAGACGCAUGUGCGGAACGCCGGUCUGGCUGCCGUCGCUAAGGUCGCCUCCGACGCUGAGAAGCUGGAGCCCAAGACCUAUGUCGACGCCCUGCUCGAGGUCCACACGCAGUACUCCGGUCUUGUGAAGCGUGCCUUCAACGACGAGCCUGAGUUCACCCGCUCGCUGGACAACGCCUGCAGGGAGUUUGUCAACCGCAACGAGGUCUGCAAGGCCGGCUCGAACAAGUCGCCCGAGCUGCUGGCCAAGUACACCGACGUGCUGCUCCGCAAGAGCGGCACGGGUGUUGAGGACGCCGAGCUCGAGAGCACUCUCGCCCAAGUCAUGACGGUGUUCAAGUACAUAGAGGACAAAGACGUCUUCCAGAAGUUCUACUCGCGCAUGUUGGCGCGCCGUCUCGUGCACAGCAAUUCGUCGUCGGACGACGCCGAGAUGAGCAUGAUCAGCAAGCUCAAGGAGGCCUGCGGCUUCGAGUACACCAACAAGCUGCAGCGCAUGUUCCAGGACAUGCAGAUCUCCAAAGACCUCAACAACGGCUACAAGGAGCACCUGUCCGCCGUCGGCGUCAAGGGGCUCGACUCUACCUUUUCCAUCCUCGGCACAGGCUUCUGGCCGCUCACCCCGCCCAACACCAGCUUCAACCCGCCGGAGGAGGUCAAUGCCGACUGCGAGCGGUUCGCCCGCUUCUACAAGAAUAAGCAUGAGGGUCGCAAGCUCACGUGGCUGUGGCAGCUGUGCAAGGGCGAGGUCAAGACGAAUUACAUUCGCAAUGCGAAGAUGCCGUACAUCUUCCAAGUAUCGGCGUACCAGAUGGCGAUCUUGUUGCUGUUCAAUGAGAAGGAUAGGAAUACGUAUGAGGAGAUUGCGUCUAGCACGGCGCUGAAUGCAGAAGCGCUGGAUCCGUCGUUGGGGAUCUUGCUCAAGGCGAAGGUGCUGCUUUUGGAGGGGGGUGGUGGAAAGGUUGGACCGGGAGCGGUGUUUGCGCUGAAUUAUGACUUCAAGAAUAAGAAGUUUCGGGUGAACUUGAAUGUAGGCAUGAAGAGUGAGACGAAGCAGGAGGAGGCGGAGACAAAUAAGACUAUUGAGGAGGAUCGGAAGUUGUUGCUCCAGUCCGCCAUCGUCCGCAUCAUGAAAGCGCGCAAGCGCAUGAAGCACCAGCAGCUCGUCAGCGAGACCAUCAACCAGAUCAAGUCUCGCUUCAUGCCCAAGGUCGCGGACAUCAAGAAGUGCAUUGAGAUCCUGCUCGAUAAGGAGUAUCUUGAGCGGCUGGACGAUGAUGAUAUUGGGUAUCUGGCUUGA